AUGAAUAUUCAACGCCAAUUUCCCGAUGUUCAUUGGAUAUGGGGCGGAGGCAUCUCCUUUGUUUACGAAGUCCACCCUCGUAUCGUGGUCAAAAUCCCAAAAUCUGGUGACUUUGAGAAGCAACAAUUCCUCAAAGAGCUUGAGAUAUAUCAAAUUUUCUCGCAAAAUCAGCCUUGUCCCUCGAUUGUACAAUGCUUCCAUUUUUCUGAUACUGGUUUCUUCCUUGAGUACAUGAGAGAUACGUCACUUUCUUCUAGAAUCCAAAACAACCAUACCCGAGAGCGGCAAAGUAUGGUUGUUACUUCGGUGGAAAGGUUAGAGCCUCUUCAACUCCGAUUGGAAUGGAUGAACGACCUCGCCCAAGCUGUCACUUUCCUGGAAUCCCUCAAUCUUGCUCAUGGUGAUUUACGACCUGAAAAUGUUUUGCUUGAUCGCGACCGACUCAAGCUAUCUGACUUUGAUUGCACCGCCAAAAUCGGAACCAAUUAUGAAGCUUGUAUGGCUCCAUAUGGCAGAGUGCUUAAUCAUGAGGAAUCGGACCAAGGAGAAUGUGGAACUUUUGGUCUUCUUGGCUCUCGAACAGAACAGUUUGCUGUUGGUUCAUUAUUCUACCAGAUCAAUUACGGAUUUGAGGUUUAUGGCGAUUGUUGCCUUGCCAAUGAUCCUUACGAACAUGGUCCAAAGGUUGUGGAAUUACUACAAGAUAAGAAAUUUCCGAAAUUAGAUGGCAUUCCUCUUAUUGACAAUGUCAUCCAACGAUGUUGGCAUAAUAAAUAUGUCAAAGUAUCGGAACUAGCUGCGGAUACAAAGACACUUCUGAACCAGAUUGAUGCAAUGGAAAGUAAGGGAAGCAGACUCAUGGAAAGCAACGAAGAGGCAACUCCCAUCGCUACACUCUUUAACAGGCGAUGGUAUAUGAUUAUUGGUCGCUUGGUUCACGGCAUAUUUAAUGGCCUGGGGGGAUGGUGGAAGCUCUUAUUUCACAACUUCCAGGGCAGCACGAGAAUCGCUAAUCGAUCUAGCGACGAUAGUUGUGGUGCUAUGGAUCAAAGCCACUUGGAAGAGGAUUUCGUUUGGAAACGAGAGUUUUGUCAGGAUCUAGAGAAACGGGGAUUACUUGAGAGCCUUUUUAAGGGGAAGCCUGAGGAUAUUGGAUUCACCCUUCAUUGGUAUAGGCACAGUCUUUCAGGUUGA